CAAGAAUCCAUUAAGGAGAAAUUCGUUUCGGUUAGUAAGUCGUAUUAUGCAACCGGUGUGCGGAAAUUUGAAUAAAUAUUUUUUCCGGAAACAUUGGAGAAAUUCACCAAAGGGCGCAAAAACGGCACACUAAACGGCCGUGCGGAGGCGACUACCAAUGCGGUUUCACCACUAGUAAAAAUGCCGAAUACCACUCACUGGCCGCGGAUGAUUCAUUAUGCACGUUGACCAGGAUUGGCAAAAUGUGGUCAAAGUUACGUGCAUUGGGUUUUUAGCUGUGAUUGGGGCGUUCUUCAACAUUGUUGUGCUGGUUAUGUUUUACAAAAAACCAUCGCUCAGAUCACCUUCAAAUAGAUUCGUCGGCAGUCUUAUUGCGUCCGACUUGCUGUCGUCGACGGUGCUCGGCCCUUUGCUGGUAACCGACGUGAAGACCGCCAACAGAGCGUUGUUAGUGUUUGUGGCCACGUCGACCAUAUUCUCAAUACUAGUCAUAGCCAUGGAUCGGUACACGGCCGUGCUGAGUCCAUUGCACUACGCCACGAAUGUCACCAGGCAAAAGAGCGCCUUUGUCAUUGGCACCGUAUGGAGUGUUUCGGCGGUUUUGGCAUCGCCGGUUUUGUUCAAAGAACUGUUGGUCCACGACAAGUUGUCUAUGGUAGUAAUGGAAAAGACACACGGCCUAGUAUUGCUAUUGACUGUUUUUGUAGCGCCGUGUGCUACCCUAAUACUAGUCUACUUCAAAAUGUACGUCGCAGCCCACAGGAACAGCUUGCGGACGCGCAAACACAGCGUGUGCACGGAACCGGACCUGUCGCGACGCAACUCGAACGCCAUAUUCUCGGCGUUGCUGUUCCGCGAAGAGAGCCGCGCCAUGAAGACGUCGAUGAUGGUGCUGGUCACGUACCUGUUCAGCUGGACGCCGCUGUUCCUCAGCGUGUCCAUCGUCCGGCUGCCGGACGAGCUGGUGGACGCGUGCGCGCUGUCCGCGGCCACGCUCAACCCGUUGGUGUACGUGUUCCGCAACGACGUGUUCCGCAAGGAAAUCCUGCGGGUGGUGUGCGGCCGCAAGCGGUUCCGGGCGUCCGCCGUGGCCAAAGCGGGCGGCUACCAGCAGCACGGCCGUCUGGUGGCCCAUCAGAUGGACAGCGUGUCCGUGCACAGUUUCCACAUGUCGUCCGUCGACUGCCAACACUCGUUCGACUCCAUCACGCCGCCGCCGGCCGAUUUCGUCGCCACUUACAAUCCCAUAAACGGAACGGAAAGGUGCACCCGUUACGAGAGCGUGACUUUCCGGUUGGCCCAGCGCCGGUGUCAGUAUUGCAGCAGGCAGAGUUCGGACUCGUCUUUGAGCAGUAACUAUCCUUUGCUGGCCAACAAGAACAAACCUUCCAGCGAACCCAACACGCCCAAGCACUACAACAACAACGACAACCGGAUCGUCUUGUUCAAAGUAUCCGGAGUGGAGACCAAACGACACAAACUUCAAAGGAUGCUGGCCAUAGACAACGAGACCCCGUCGACUAGGGUUUAAAAUAUUGAUCAACACCGGAAACGAGUUUGGUCCCACCAAGGAGAAUUCGAAUUCUCAUUCACUUAGGAAACUCCCUCGUUCCUUUAACACUUUAUUGCGUCUGACGCGUACCACCGAUCAAAAUCGAUUUUUAAACGGAAAUACUGUAUUUUUUUAUGGUCUCAUGCAGUAGAAAUGUAUGUAGUAUAUGUAGUUAGAUAACAACAGCCUUGCAUUGGAGAAAUAAGAAGUAUUUCCUAUUAACGUAAUUACAGGACAUAAUAUUACGACCACGCCAAUUCCCUUAGUUAUUAUUUCGAUGAAUUUAAGUCGUCUUGAAAGAAAACCUAUUACCCGUUAGCUAUUGUAUGAGGUCCUGCAGGUAUAUUUUAUAGUUUGUAUUAUCAUGUAUUACAUAUUUAUAGAGUGGUCUCUAGAAAAUAACUUACAUCGAUAUUUAUAUUAAUGUAACAUAAUUAUUGAAAAUCAUCUUUGCCACCAGAAAAUAAUAUAUUUUGUAAUUAAAACGCUCUUUUAUUAUGUUUCAUGCAUACCAUAACAAAAACAUGUUUUGAAUCAAAACAAAUGAGUUAAUUAUGCAAAUUUAACCUAGCCAAUAUUACUUAGCCAGCAGCUAUAUUGGAUAUGAAAUUUAUAGACUGGCAUUGAUUGAGGUCAUCUAUUAGAGGAGCAAUGGCCGAAGCUGGAAACGAUUUGUCAUGGUGGCUUUAUGUGUCGACGAUAAUGAUGCUAAUAAUGGCGUCGUUGUCCUUAUAAACAAUCCCGAGAGAAAUUCACCGUGCCUAUACUUACUCUUUAUUUAGGCAAAUGUUGAAUUCAACAAAUCAAUUUAAAAUGGCUUCCACAUUUUUUUUAAAACUCAACUGACAUAUAACUCCUAAGCUACCAACUACUCUGUUUAACUUAAGAUAUGAAAAAAACCUCUGAAUCAAAAGUAAAAAAACUAAAAUUAGUUUUUUAUUUUACCCUAAUUUGCUUACCGACUUUCCGAGAGUUACAUUAUCAAUGA